UAAAAAUGCUUGUAAAAAGUGUUUUCAUGGAGCUCCGUUCCAGAUUGCGGAGUUGCAACGUCUACAUCACAACUAAUGUAGAUUUUCAAAAGGAUUGCAAUCUAAAAAUCAAUAUACAAUCCAAUUGUAUAAUACUCAAUUAUUAUGACAACGAAUUGAAAAGAUACGAUAGUUUGUCGUCCAUAGAAAGUCUUUCUGAUUAUUCCGAUGACGAAUCCGAUGUCACAUGCGUUAUUCCUAUCCAAGAAUUCUGUUUUAUAAUACCAAAUUCCAUGUCAUGUCUUAAAAUUGAGAAAAACACUGUAUCAUUCAGGAUCUUAACCCAACCAAAGAAUGGCGGCAACUUUUAUUCCGAAAUCAUUUCCACAAAUGACUUGACUAAAGAAAUUAAAGUUGAUAAAUUGCGUAUAAAUUUUGACUCGAAAGACGAUAUAAAAAUUGUAUGUGCCAAUUGUUCAAAUGUUAUAUCGGAUGGGUUUGUCAAGUUUGACCGAAUCCUGGAAUUGCCGACAGCAAAUUUGGAUAUGUCGGAAUGGUUCUGUCACGGCCAUUCCCACGGUAGCACGUCUACUCCGCAAGAUGAUGUCCUACAACCCAAUACAUUAGAUUUUUUAUACAGAUUGACGUUUUUCGUUGUCAAUAAUACAAUUUUAUCGGAUAAAGUGAAUAAGUUUAAUUGUAAGCGAACAGUGUAUCAUUGCAACAGGUGUCUAGCGUGGUUAGGAGUUAAAAAUAAGAAUACGGUUAAAUUAUACAAUUCGGAUGUUAAAAUACAUCACGAUUCCAAUGUAAAACAUAUCUUUUCACACGAGGAACCCACUCAAAAUGUUACAAUCGAUGAUUUCAUUUACACAGUAGAAAGUUUGACUCGUGAAUUCAACGUUGGACUGCAGUAUACGAUGAUGUGUAAGAUCGUUCUAGAAUGUACCACGUCGGUGACGGAGAAGCAAAAUCUACUGAUAUGGGUGAUGGAUAAAGAGUUGCAAGUCUUGAGAAACGAACAAAAAAUAAACUCCCAACGAGUUGUAUUGAAAUCCAGUUUUUUGACCAAAAUCCUGUACAAAAUUGAGUUGGAACUUAACGACGAAGUUGAGACUUGGCUGGCGGACCCCGGCGCGGUCAGUAGCGAUAUAUCAAAGAGCAUGUUUAGCCAAGGCCUUCACCAUUUGGAGCAAAUGUCUCUCAAAGUGCCCGAGUGCUUUCGUUAUACAAACGGAUUUACUGUCAGUUAUUUGAAAGCUUGAUCGGUGAAUAAAUUUACUUCAAUUGAAA